CAAAAAUCGAAAAAUCAAUACUCAUGUUCUUGAGAAGUCUAAACUCUUGGCAAUAUUUCAAAGAGUAGAGAUCUGCAAUGGCGGCGCUCAGGGAUGCAAGUCCCUUACUACCCGUACCCUCACUCGCGGUUCCCUCCAAUCCCUUACUUCCACCCGUAGAGCUCUCCCUUCCUUCCCGCGGACCCCCCGAAGCCCCAUUCAGGCCCGCAACGCCCUCUUGCGGAUCCCCGUACCCCACACUCAAGUCCGCAGAGCUUCCCCCCUCCCGCAGGUCCUCCCGGCUCUCGCUUGCACGCCAGCUUCAUCCUAACCCAGUAUUCGCGGUUCGUCACCGCUUCAUAUACCUCGUUCCAAAAUUCUCGUUCCUUGCACUCACUCGCACUUCUCCUUUGCCUUUAACACCCGUUCCUUUACCUCCUUCACAUCCUUUUCUUUAAAGCCUUCUCCACUAUACAUUACACGGGUACAAACCACCCCUCGUAUCCCUCUUGUAAAACCGGCUCUCCCUUUCGCUCGCGGUACACUUCUCGUAAUCAGGCGUGGCACCCGGCACAAGAGAGGACUCGAUUCGGAUUCCGAUCCAGGGGGAAGUCGUGCACCAGCCGGAUACGCUGAAACAGUGAGCAACGGUCUACUGAACGAGCCCACCAUGGGAUCUGGCUCCUCUCUUGGCAGCGUGUACACAGGGAUUCGGAAGUUAAUGAGACAAGGCAGGUCUGGCACUCGUAGCAGUACCGUGGGCA